GAAGGCAGUUUUUAUGUGUCUUUUUGUACGUAGUCAAGAGCUUACACUAGUUAAGUGUGACUUCUGUAAUUUUUAGAUUAUAAUUCUUUAAAAAGUAUUACUAUCUUUUGAUUAUCUGUUGAAUGAAAUCAAUGAUUCUUACUCUUAACUAACUUCUGUGUGAAUAUUAUAUAGUAUUAUAUAUGUGUGUGUAAGUUGAUAAGGUGCUGAAGAAAAGAAGUACCCUUUAAUACUAAUAUCUAAAAUGGAGAAAGCGAGAGAUAUAGAAGGAGAGCUUGAGUUUAUGAGGGAUUACUACAGGACUGGAAAGACUAAAGAAGCUUCUUGGAGAAGGUCUCAGCUCAAGAACUUGCAGGCUCUUCUCAGGGAGCAAGAGGCUCAGAUUUUCACUGCUUUGGAUCAAGAUUUGGGUAAACACCCUGGUGAGGCCAUGAGAGACGAGAUUGGAACUUUAAUAAAGUCUUUAAAUUUUGCUCUGGGAAAUCUGAAAGAAUGGAUGUCAGGCACGAAGGCUAAGCUGCCACAAAUUGCACUGCUUUCAUCUGCGGAAGUGGUUCCUGAACCUUUAGGCCUUGUCCUUAUCAUUUCAACUUGGAAUUUCCCAUUUGGAAUGUCCCUGGAACCACUUAUAGGAGCAAUAGCAGCAGGAAACAUAGCAGUUAUCAAACCUUCAGAAUUAGCUCCUUCAAGCUCUGCACUUCUAGCCAAGCUAAUUCCGGCUUAUCUAGACACCAAAGCUGUCAAGGUUGUCGAGGGAGAUUCGACAGUAGGAGAAAAACUUCUGCAACAAAAAUGGGAAAAGAUCUUCUUUACAGGAAGUGCUCGAGUUGGACGGAUAGUUAUGUCAGCUGCAGUGAAGCAUCUUACGCCAGUUUCUCUGGAGCUUGGUGGAAAGUGUCCAGCCAUUGUUGAUUCCCUCUCAUGGUCUUGGGACAAAGAGGUUGCUGUGAACCGGAUUCUUGGGGCGAAAUUCGGGUCAUGUUCGGGUCAAGCAUGUAUAGCAGUUGAUUAUGUUCUUGUGGAGAAGGGCUAUGCUUCCACUUUGGUGGAAUUAAUGAAGGAGUUAAUCAAGAAAAUGUUCGGUGAAAACCCUAGAAAAUCAAAUAGUGUUACGAGGAUAAUCAACAAGCAUCAUUUCUUGAGACUCAAGAAUCUUCUUUCCGACUCUAGGGUUAAAGAUUCUAUUAUCUACGGUGGCUCAAUGAACGAAGAGCACUUGUACAUUGAACCAACAAUCUUGAUGGAUCCUCCACUUGAUGCAGAAAUAAUGACAGAAGAAAUUUUUGGACCACUGCUUCCAAUAAUUUCAGUAAAGAAAAUUGAAGAUAGUAUCGAUUUCCUUAACAUAAGGCCUAAACCGCUUGCAAUCUAUGCCUUCACGAAGAACGAAACACUAAAAAAGAGGAUUAUUUCUGAAACAUCAUCCGGAAGUGUGGUGUUCAACGAUGCAAUCAUUCAAUAUGCAGCCGAUACUCUCCCAUUUGGAGGAGUGGGAGAAUGUGGGCAUGGCAAGUACCACGGGAAGUACUCGUUCGAUACGUUUAGCCAUUUCAAGGCCAUUGCAAGAAGAAGCUUCCUCACUGAUUUCUGGUUCAGGUUUCCUCCAUGGAACGAUUACAAGUUGCAGCUACUCGAGACUGCUUAUAACUACGAUUACUUUGAAUUGCUUCUUUUUGUUCUCAGUUUGAAGAGGCCUAAAACGCGUUUAUCAUAUAUCUAGCUAUCUUCCGAAUAUUUUUUAAAAUAAUGGUUAAGCGACAAUUAUUGAAAAUAAUCACGUCCAUAGCGAUGGUUGCGUGAAUCGUGCUCGUUGGCUGAUUUGAAGAAAGCUUUCUUGUUGAUAAAACAAGGAGAUAGAUAUCGAAGAUUUAGAAUGGUAUAUAGCUUAGUAGAUAUCAAUAAAGAGAUAUGAAAUUCUAUCUUAUUCUCUUUGUAAUUUUUUUUAGUUGAUUUCGGUCUAGGUCGGAAAAUGAAUGCGUGCAUCGUGAUCUCUCUUUUCUUUUUUUAACUUUCGGUAGUUGUAAUUAAUGUAUUAUAUUGAUAAUCACGAUAUUUUAAUAAAACGUGUUCUUUCGUGUUUAA